AACAUCCGUAGUCUCCUCCCCCUGGGUCGUACCAAAGAAUCAUGGAACUUUGAAAACAAUAUUCAGGGUAUUGAAAAUUAGUGGAUCUUUGGACCUGCUAAUUCAAAGCGAGUCGAUUCGUUCAUUUAUUGCUUGUGAAAUAUUUUGGUAUUUGGAUUGAUCGCGAUCUUGAUCGUGAUCUCCUUUGUUUUGAAUUGGUUUGCGUUGUUGAAGGAAGAAGAAGAAAAGGGUCAAAUCUGUUUGUGGAAUUGCCUGUUUGGGAAAGGGAAAAUCAGAAGAAAGCAUGGUGAGAAGCAGAGGAGAUAAAGAAGAUGCCGAGAAGUACAGUGGCUUGCUGAAAUUGGUUCAGAUUCUCUCGUUUCUGGUGGUUUUCGUCGCCGGGAUUAUCAUCGGAUUAGCCACCAGCGCUCACAUAAACACCUAUUUCUCUCCCCAAGCGCAGCUGUUCUCGACUUCGACGGUCACUUCUUUUCAAGUCUCCAGCAGCAAAGCCAAUUGCAGUCAAUCUCGAGCUCCAUGUCCAGAACCGAACUGUCUUUCCAUGGAUGCCUUCCUUCAUCCAACGAAUUUGACUCAUAAACUAUCUGAUGAUGAGUUGUUCUGGAGAGCUUCAUUGACGCCUUACAAAAAAGUGUACCCGUUUCCCAGACUGCCAAAGGUGGCCUUCAUGUUUAUCACUAGAGGGCCUUUGCCUUUCAUGCCUUUGUGGGAGAGGUUCUUUAAGGACCAUGAUAAGUAUUUCUCCAUUUAUCUCCAUACUCCUCCCGAUUAUUACCUCAAUGCCUCCAUAGACUCUCCUUUCCAUGGGAGACAGAUCCCUAGUCAGCGUGUGGAAUGGGGGACUGUUUCACUGGCUGAUGCAGAGAGGCGGCUACUAGCCAAUGCACUGCUUGACUUCUCAAACGAGCGAUUUGUUCUUCUUUCUGAGAGCUGCAUCCCACUCUAUAACUUCCCAACUGUCUACAAGUAUUUCAUCGGUUCUAGCUACAGUUUUGUUGAGUCAUACGAUGAUCCCACCCGCUACGGUCGCGGUCGCUACAACCGCAAGAUGCUUCCCCACAUUAAGCUCUAUCAAUGGCGAAAAGGAUCACAAUGGUUUGAGAUGCAACGUUCAGUUGCCUCGUACAUUGUCUCAGACACCAAGUACUACAACCUUUUCAAGAAGUAUUGUAAGCCUGCUUGCUAUCCAGAUGAGCAUUACAUUCCAACUUUCUUGAAUAUGUUCCAUGGAUCAAUGAAUGCAAACCGGACUGUGACUUGGGUCGACUGGUCAAUGGGAGGCCCUCAUCCAGCAAUGCACGAGGGAGUUAGUGUCACAGAGGGUUUUAUACAAGCUAUAAGGAAUAACGGGACACUUUGUGCAUAUAACGACGAGCAAACAUCCAUGUGUUAUCUCUUUGCGCGAAAGUUUGCUCCUAGUGCAUUGGAGCCUUUGCUCAACCUCAGCUCGUCUGUGAUGAACUUUUGACAGAUUAAUCAGGCAAUGGUUGAGAUUCUCCUUACCCCUUUCAUUUUUACAGGUUUCUAUCAUUGUCAUCCAAUUUUGAUCACUAACUUUGGUUCAUAUGUACAGAUAGGUUCAACCACAAUUGUUCUCUUGCAAAAAUUUUGGAAGAAAAUAGAUCAGCUUUAAUUUUUGUUUUUGCAGAAAGGAUUAUUGUCCCCAUUGAUUUUAAAAAUGAUUCUGCAUUGUUGUUAAUUGCAAACAAAAAUUACAAAAUCCCAAUGUUUUUCUCUUGAAUAAUAUACCUUGCUUUCCUGUAGGCCUGGUUUGAGUGCCUCCAUUGACAAUGUUCUGAGAUUGAAGCAUAAUCAUAAAGAGCAGUAAUGUUAACAAAUGUUUCUAUCCAUCAACCGUAAAUCUUAAAAAUUAUCUUACAAGCAGCAGUACAAUAUCCAACAGAAAUUACAUAAUCUUAUGGAAAUUUUAAGUUUUCAAGCUUUUUCAGAGAUGAAUCGUUUGAAUCAUUUGAGAAGAGACCACUUGAACCAUGCAAUAAUCUAGUUUGCAAAAUCUCAAAACUUCAAGGUUCCAGCGUACAAGCAUCUCGUCCGGGAGGUUUCUUGGAUCUCUGUUGUCCUUUCACACUAAUCUUGAUGAUUUGAGG